CGAAGGAUGACGUGUUACGUUGGGUCCUUUUGACUUCCUGGUCGGUGAGCGAAGUGUGUAGGAAAACAGGCUAUAGAAAAAUGUCUAAGGUAACGUUUAAAAUCACGCUGACAUCGGACCCCAGGCUCCCUUAUAAAGUAUUAAGUGUGCCCGAAAGUACGCCGUUCACAGCCGUUUUAAAGUUUGCUGCAGAAGAGUUCAAAGUGCCCGCGGCAACCAGUGCCAUUAUUACAAAUGAUGGAAUUGGCAUUAACCCAGCUCAGACAGCAGGAAACGUGUUCCUGAAACACGGAUCGGAACUGCGAAUCAUUCCCAGAGACCGAGUGGGAGGAUGCUAGCCGGUCGUUCUAGAAAGUCGCUGCGGGAUCAUUUGCUAAAGAAAAGGAAGGAAGAAGAAAAAAAAAAGAAUAACCCUUGUUAUUUAUUUUCAGACCCUGAAAUGGCUUCUCGCACGUUGUGCAGUUCGGGUCCGCGACACGUGAUUACGUUUAGCUGAUCUGGACUGACCCUCGCAGGCUGCUGGGAGAUACUCCUACACUUUGAUCUCUUUUUCCAUGCAGUCCCGCACAUACAUAAAGCAGAGACCGGGGGAAAAUGCUCACAAGACGGGUGUGUUUAAUAAUAAAUGACACGGUUCUUUGUACAGCUGUUAGAUGGCCGGUAGUAACGGUGUAGUUGACACGUUAGAACACGAACACUUUCAAUGAAAUUGAAGCCUGCGAUUGGCGUCUCCCUUCUGAAGUAAUUGUGAUAAUCUGUUGAAAAUGUUAUCGCAUCACUGUUUCGCUUGUUUGUGCUGUAGUGUACUACUGUCAAUGAGCGUUCUCUGUAGGCUAAUUAAUUUUAACAAAUGACUUUGGCUUUUCUCUCUUGUCCAACAGAUUUAUUUAUUUAUUUUGUUGUUGCUGGUGGAAAGCCUGUAGGCUACAGUAUUAGACACUUCUUAACUGCUUAAUUACUCCAAAACGUCAAACUGUCAGAAAAAAAAUGAACGUGUAACAAUCAUAGAAACUUAUUCCAGGGUCCCAUUUAAUGUCAUUAUGAAAGUGUGAUUCUUUUUUUUUUUUUUUUUUUUACAAAUUAUAAAGUAAACAUUAUGGCAAAACAAUGUA